AUGAAGAUAGUGUGUCUUGUUGUGAUGGUUGUAUCUCAUCUCGACAACCAUGAGACAUCCUACUACUCGCGAUACGAUUUUGCACUUAAGGGUAUUCCUUUAGACCCAGGCACACAUGCGGGUGCCAAGACAUUGCAAGGGAGUCGAGGAUUUACUAGGGUUGGUGAUGACUUAUCGUGUCUGAGGUGCUUCCAAAGUCUCCCAAUUGGUUCGGAAAUUGCGUUUCGCAUUCAAUGCGGCAUUCAGUGUCUUCGUAUUAAGAUUGAAAGACUAGGUACAAGUCGCAAACGUGCGGUGGCCCUUUACGUAUACAGCAACUGCUUCGGAUUUUAG